CAGCGGAUCACCGAUCUACGGAAAGAGCUGAAGAUGUCGGCUCGGUCAUGCGAUCAGCUGUGUCCAAUCACAGCUGAUCACAUGGCACUGAUGAUCAGUGUGCCCUGAGGAUCAGUGUGGCCCCACCUGUCAGUGUCCAUCAGUGCCAGCUGUCAGUGCUGCACAGUGCCAUAUGCUAGUGCCCAUCAGUGCCACAUAAACGUCAGAUAUCAGUGCCUACCAGUGCACAUCAAUGCCACAUAUCAGUGCCCAUCUGAGCUGCCUUUCAGUGUCACCCAUCAGUGCCAGUCAGUGCCACCUAUCAAUGCCAGUCAGUGCUGCCAAUCAGUGCCACCUAUCAGUGCCCGUCACUGCCACCUAUCAGUGCCAGUCAGUGCCGCCUAACAGUGCCAGUCAGUGCCGCCUAUCAGUGCCAGUCAGUGCCGCCUAUCAGUGCCAUAUAUCAGUGCUGCCUUUCAGUGCCCAUCAG